UUGCAGAAAAUUCAGUAUGACGAACAAGAUGAAUUUGGGAAAGGCUGCCAUCUUGAUCUUUUUAUUCACCACUGCUUUGCUCGUCAGAGCAACAACUGAUAAUGAUGAUGCCGAGGACCUACUAAUCAUUAAGCAGGAGGAUGAUGAUUACGAGCAUGGUGACCUGGCAAGAGUGUUAGCGCAAGCGCGAGGUGACUUGCUGGAGGUGGAGGACCUGCCGCGGCGUUCGCUGCUGCAGGCGGCGGUGCUGGCGGCGGACCUCGUGGACGCGGACGGCGACGGCUUCUUAACGGCGACGGAGAUGCGUGUGGCUCCUUAGCGC